UUCGUCGUCGCAACUACUUGUGUUCAUCGCUAACGUAACGUUGUGAAACUACUUGCCCCUGCUUGUGUAGGCUUGUUGCAGUAACAGUGGGCUCUUUAGGCUAGCUAGGUCAGUCUACAAGACUGCUGGUUCGAGUAGGCGGUUGUUUCUCGUCGACAGCUAGUGCUUCCCACCCCCGACUGAUAAGACCCUGAAAUGCACUACAUGUAACCGUGAGUUGGGAGCUGAUCGAUUUCUCACUCUCACCGGCCAGAGCAAGAUUCUGUACAUGCCCUGGAUCUGGAACGCAAUCGUCACUCUACAGCUUAUGUAGCUAUAUCGCGGUGACUGAGUUGCACAAUACAAAGUCGCAAACCACAGUCGAUGUGAACCGUGACAGUAGCAUUAUUUUUUUGAAUCGGAUCAGGAGCAAAGUGCCGGGUGGUGAAGGCGAGAAGACGGCGAAGCCUCCGCAAGAGCUAGGCGAUACAGCGAGAGCAGGAGAUCAUGCACGACGACGAAUCCGUAAGAUAGUGACACAGGAGGCCAUGGUCGCGAGAGACACUCAUAUGAGCUCCGGCCGUGCUCCUGCAACCAAUUCAAAGACGAAACCCGACUUGGGUGGAAGAUACGAUCGUCUACAUUCAUUCCCUGCAAGUAAUCGCUACCACCAUGUUAUCAACGUUGCAAUCAUGCUUGCAACAUUGUUCUUGCUACUGCUCAUAGCAGCCGCGCCCGGUGAAGUCUCCGGAGAGACAGUGAGCGAUGGCUCAGGUGCGGAGGACUGCAACUGCACGCAAUGCAUAGAGUCUUUGGUCAACUGCACAGCAGGGACGUUCUGGAAUGGCUCAGUUUGCAGCGUUUGUCCAGCUGGCUAUUUCUGCCCUGGAGGAGGUUCUGGGAACUCAACUGCCUGUCCUGCUGGCUAUUUCAGUUUCCAGGAAGGAGCUUCAAGCCCCGAGUCCUGCAAGGCCUGUAGCAAUGGAACCUACUCACCAUUGCUCGCUGCAAGUCAAUGCACACCGUGUCCGCCCGGCUCCUACUGUGACGUCGACGGUCAGACGUCACCGCUGGUGUGCGCGGCAGGCUCCUACUCCAAUGAAUCCGCAUCGGUGUCGUGUCGCCCGUGCCCCGCUGAUCACUUCUGCCUGAGCGUCAGCAAUACGCCGGCACCAUGCCCACCGGGACAGUUUAGCGCCGUCGGCACUGAUGCGUGCUCGAUAUGUCCAGCACAGUAUGCCUGUACUGCUGCAGACAAUAAGACAUUAUGUGAUGUCGGCACGUACUCCGUAGAGGGCAGCACCGAGUGCAGCGCAUGCCCGAAAGGCACGGAGUGUCCGGUAGUGGGCCUGUCAGCGCCAGCGCCAUGCACAAACGGAACAUACGCCAACACCACUGGCAGCAGUCAGUGUUCACAAUGUCCUGCAGGGCAUGAGUGCAGCGAUGCAGCAUCCAAUCCAGUACCAUGCAUGGCUGGCACCUACAGCUCUGCAGGCACUGGUUGGUGUAGUGCGUGUAGUGCGGGAUCUUUCAGCAGUAGUACCGGGUCUGAUGCCUGCCAGCUUUGUCCUCAAGGUACUUAUUUACCAACUGUAGGUGAAGCUCAGUGUUUGAACUGCAGCGCAGGGUUCCAGUGUCCUACCGCCGGUCUCUCCCUGCAACAGAGCUGCAGCAAUGCAACCUAUGCGGACACAUCGGCGACGGUCACCUGCCUACUCUGUCCAGCUGGCCACGCAUGCUCUGAUCCUGCAGCAACGCCGGUUCCCUGCCUGGCUGGUCUCUACAGCCCAAGUCAGGAUGUGGGCUGCUAUCGCUGUCCGCAAGGAUUCUACAGCCAGAACGCCGGCUCCUCUAACUGCACUGCUUGUCCCGCCGGAUCGGCAUGUCCGCAAACUGACCAAGCGCCGAUAGGAUGUGUGGAGGGUGAAUACAGUGUUGCACAGUCGACGGCCUGCUCUCCCUGCCCUGCUGGUCACCAGUGCGCGAGGCCACGGGACCUGCCCGUACAGUGCACUUCAGGCAAUUAUGCCGGCGCUGGAGAAACCAGCUGUUUGCCGUGUCGCCUGGGAGCGUACUGUCCGAAUGAUCAGAUGUCCGAGUCCAUUGCCUGCCCACCUGGACUGUAUGCGGCGUCUACCGGUAGCCGUACAUGCUCGCCAUGUCCCAGUGGAUACUCGUGCAGCAAUGCCGCACGUCUGCCCGAGCCUUGUUCACCGGGUACAUUCAGUGCUGCUAACUCUACCAAUUGCUCACGCUGUGAAGCUGGAUCGUUUGCAAACAGUUCCCUGUCUUCAUCUUGUGAACUCUGCCCGGGUGGCUAUGAAUGUGGCUAUGGCACAGUGACACCAGUUGCCUGUGCUGCUGGGUUUUACAGUGAGCUGGGAAUAUUGUCAUGUACACGCUGUGCCAGUGGUCAGUAUAGUACUGCUGGUGCAGAUCAGUGUAUGAACUGUCCCAGUGGACAUGCCUGUCAAAACUCAUCGCUGUCGCCCGUACCCUGCCAGAGUGGCACGUUCAGUCCGGCUCUUAGCAUUGCGUGUACACCAUGCGCUGCUGGAGACUAUCAGGACGGCGUUGGAAACUCCUCGUGCAUGCCCUGUCCGUCUGGGUACAGCUGCCAGAACGCAUCGGCUGCGCCGCAAAUCUGCCCGGCCGGUUCUUCCAGUGCUGCGCGUUCAACAUCGUGUACAUCCUGUGCCGUGGGCUACUACAGCUCUACACCCGGUGCUAGUCAGUGCAAUCCAUGCCCGGCGGGGUCGGCGUGUGCAAAUACCGACCAAGACCCUGAGGCAUGUGGCGAGGGUCACUACAGCCCUCCGCUUAGCACACACUGUGCACUGUGCACCGGCGGGUAUGAAUGCAACACCACCCAUCGCGUGGGUCCGUGCUCUGCCGGAUCCUACUCACCGCCAACCACCUUUCCGUGUUUGCCGUGUGAGCUUGGCUUUCAGUGCCCCAGUGAUGGACUGGCGGAGCAGGUCCCUUGCCCGAAUGGCACGUUUGCAAACACAACUAGUACGGUGUCUUGUACCGUGUGUCCUGCAGGUUACAUGUGCCCGACGGCCACUACUGGUCCGCUUCGCUGUUCCGCUGGUAGCAUUGGUCUCGGUGCGUCCACUAGCUGCAUAGCCUGUGCACUGGGACAGUACUCGACGGUCGACGGCAGUCAGUGUGUGGUGUGUCCGCGUGGCAAGUACUGCCCGACACCGAGUGCACUGCCGCUGGACUGUGAGAGAGGCAUGUACAGCAGUGUGAUUGGUUUGCCUGUGUGUGUCGCCUGCCCUGCGGGCUACCAGUGUGCCAAUGCCUCUGCAGAGCCGGUCAUAUGCCAAGCGGGGUACUAUGCGGGCAAUUCAAGUGCUCAGUGUGACCCAUGUCCCCCGGGAACGUUUUGCCCCGGUACAGGAGUGAGCAUCCCUCUGGUCUGCUCGAAUGGCUACUAUUCCAACACAACUGCUGCGUCACAAUGCUUGCAGUGCCCGGCUGGUUAUCAGUGUAGUGAUGUCACAGCAUUACCUGCACCAUGCCUGGAAGGCUUCUUCUCAUCUGUAGCCGCGACCAGCUGCAGUGCCUGUGCGACUGGUAUGUACACAGCCGAGACGGCCAGUGCAAAUUGCUCAACAUGUCCGGCGGGUAAUUCGUGUGGUCGCGCUGAUCAGCCGCCCACACCGUGCGAUGCAGGCAAGUACAGUCUAGCUGGUUGGACGUCAUGUGUGCUAUGCCCGGCAGGCUACGAGUGCUCACUCGCCGGUAGUCCAACCAUCUGUACGGCGGGUACCUAUGCUGGAAAUGGCAGCAUAGCUUGCGAUCCUUGCCCGCUGGGAAGUUUCUGUCCGGGCGAUGGUUCUACCAGUCCACGUCCAUGUGCGUCGGGUCACUACUCGGCCGACUUAGGCUCAACAAGCUGCACCGCGUGUCCGCAAGGCCAUGAGUGUUCCAACAGAGCUUCUGCUCCGCGCGCAUGCCCGGCCGGUCAGUAUCAGAACACGACGGCCGCCACAGUGUGUCUGGUGUGUCCGCAAGGCUUCGAGUGCGGCAACGCAACCGUCUCACCGCAAGCGUGUGUGCCAGGGUUCUAUGCCGGGGGCAACAGCGCCACGUGCACACCGUGCCUCAGCGGCACUCACUGUCCUUACACGUCCACGGUGCAGCCUGCCCCGUGUGCAACGGGUACGUACACGCCCAGUACUGGCAUGCAGCAGUGCAUCAGCUGCCCUGCAGGACACACAUGUCUGGAUAGGAUAUCGGCACAGGCCUGCUCGCCUGGCUUCUACAGUAACUCAUCAUCAACGGACUGUACCGCAUGCCCUGCCGGCUACAAGUGCUCAAACGCAUCCAUGUUACCCGUCGAGUGCACAGCAGGCACAUACUCCGUUGGAACUGCAGUGGAUUGCUCGAGCUGCCCACUUGGCACGGAGUGCCCAGCACGACGUCUCUCGACGCCGCAGUCAUGUGCAAGCGGCUACUAUUCAGCCAGUGUUUCGCAGAGCUCUUGCACGCUGUGCCCGCCCGGCUCUGCCUGUUCCAACGCUAGCUCCACUCCGGUGGUGUGUGGUGCGGGCGAGGCGAGCACAAGCGGCCAAACAGCAUGCCAUCAGUGUGCCUUUGGCCAGUACACUGCUACACCGGGACAGAGUAAUUGUACUGAAUGCCCAGCUGGGUCCGAGUGUCCCAGAACUGACCAGUAUCCACUUGCCUGCCUGCAAGGAUCUUAUAGCUCAUCUGGCUCAACUCAGUGCAGUACUUGUCCGCCCGGUCACGAGUGUCCUGCUCCUGAGCUGUCGCCACGGCCCUGCGCCGGAGGAUACUUUGCAGUGGGCAAUGCCACCGCAUGCACCGUGUGUGGCCGCGGGUCUUACUGUCCCACAAGCCAUCUGAACGGCUCGUUCCCGUGUCCAGUUGGAUACUAUGCAAACACGACAGGUGUCACUGAGUGCACUGUGUGCCCAGCAGGAUACCAGUGUGCGGCACGGCACACCAGUCCGAUAGCCUGCAUGCCGGGCUCCGCUAGCAGCACCGGCUCUGACCGCUGCACUGCCUGCACCACCGGCUACUAUGCCAGCAGUAGUCGUCAGCCAUCCUGCUCACCAUGUCCCGGUGGCUACCAGUGUUCUAAUGCCACUAUCAAUCCACUAAUAUGUGCAGCAGGCACAUACAGUGUGGCUGCAUCAGUUCGUUGCAUAGCCUGCCCGGCAAACACUUACUCAUCAGCUGGAGCAGACCAGUGCACCACAUGCCCAUCUGGAUCGUCCUGCCGGGACUCCUCGCAGCCGCCGAUGACAUGUGGCAACGGGACAUUCAUUGACACGCGCUUCAACAGCUCGUCGUGUGCGCCGUGUCCUGGCGGCAGCUACUGUGCGUCUCCGGGCACUUUGCCGCAAGUCUGUCCUGCCGGUCUGUACUCGCCGAUUGGGGCAACAUCCUGUUUCAGAUGUCAACCGGGCUUCUACUGCCCUGCGCCCAGCACUGUGGAACAGAUACGGUGCCCAAGUGGCUACUAUGUGACGGAGUACAACUCUACAUCAUGUACACCUUGCCCGGCUGGUAGCCAGUGUGUAGACCCAGCCGCUCCGCCAUCGUUGUGUACUCUGGGUUACUACAGCCUACAGAACUCAACACAGUGCUGGCCUUGUCCAGUUGGAAUGAGUUGCCAUAGAACAGACGCCAUGCCUGUGGACUGCUCAGAUGGAGAGUAUUCUGCGGCCGCGGUGGCCAACUGUUCACGCUGCGAAGUGGGCAAUCAUUGUCCCGUGGGUCUUAACGCCGCGCCGUUGGACUGCGCUGAAGGCUACUAUGCCAACCAGACUGGACAGACAUCGUGUCAUGUGUGCCCAAAAGGUCACUACUGCGCAGAUCGAGUCAGCAACCCUCGCCCUUGCCCCUUGGGUGCAUUCAGCGAGCGGACGGGUCGUUCGGUGUGCAUAACGUGCGCCCAGGGCUACUUCACAAAUGCCACCGGCAGUGUAGCUUGCCUGCAGUGUCCAAGUGGUUCGUAUUGUCCACUGCCACAGGAUCUGCCUAUUGCGUGUGAAGCAGGAGAGUAUUCCCCGGCUGGUUCCAUAACAUGCUAUUCUUGUCCUCAAGGUCAGAUAUGUGCAGAUCCCGCCGUGGCACCUGUAGCCUGCCCAUCUGGCACUUAUUCGAAUCGUAGCCACUGUAUUCCAUGCGAGGCAGGCUUCUACUGCCCACAGUCCGUGUCCCAGAAGCUGCUCUGUCCAGCCGGCACCUACAGCAAUAGCACGGGCAGUGUGCAGUGUCAGGCGUGUCCGCCGAAUCACGACUGCCAGGACCGCGCCGGCGCACCGCUGCCCUGCCGGCAGGGUUACUACAGCUUGGCUGGCACUCUGGCGUGUGAUCCGUGCCCUGUUGGUACGUACAGCACUGGAACGUCUGGUUGCAUGGCGUGUCCGGCCGGCUUUGAGUGCUACGAGGGCAACGCUACUCGCAUUGCACCGCGCGGCUGUAGCCCUGGCUAUCACAGUCCGGCCGGAGCAGGUCGCUGCUCACCGUGCCUUGCAGGAACGUACAGUGAAGCCAACUCAUCCUCCUGCUUGCCUUGUCCACCUGGUUAUGUGUGUCCGAACGCCACCGAACGGCAAGCGUGUCCGAAUGGGACGUAUAGCCUGGGUGGUUACACCACCGUUUGCAGAGCAUGCCCGGCUGGCCACUAUUGCCAAACGCCGUCGUCUGUACCUCAGUCUUGUCGUCGGGGCCAGUAUGCACUGGAAGCCAGUUUGAAGUGCUUGGAAUGCCCUGGCGGCAUGUCCUGUCUCAGUCCGACGCGAGCACCAUCGCCGUGUCCUGUCGCCUUUUACAGUCUACAGGGUGAUCCGCUCUGUCGGCCAUGCCCGGCUGGAGCAAGCUGUGCUGAUCAAACAACGCCGCCACUGAACUGCACUGCCGGUUACUAUUCCCUGUUGGCCUCGUCACUCGGCUGUCAGCCAUGUCCCGCGGGCAGCGCCUGUCCACUAGCUAACAUGCGCCCAGUGGAGUGCUCGGCCGGACAGCACACCCAUGGCAAGCAGCUGGCCACUGAAUGCUCGGACUGCUUGCCUGGAUUUUCAUGUCCAUCCACAAGCCUUGCACCAGUGGAAUGCCAAGCUGGAACCUAUAGUCUAGGUCUCUAUACAUCAUGCCUGCCCUGCCCGGCCGGGAGCCGCUGUGAAAGCAAUGCGUCUCUUCCCAUCAAGUGCGUGCCUGGUGAGGUGAGCUACACUGGCAGUAGGAACUGCACAAGAUGUGAUCCGGGAUAUGCCUGCCCGUCACCCGCUGACCCUGGUCUGGUUUUCGCAUGCGCGUCAGGGACAUACUCUCUUGGUGGCCAGACGUCGUGUACACACUGUCCACCUGGGUUUGAGUGCCCCAGCACUAGAACAAACGCCACCGGGCCGUGUGCAGGUGGCUACUUCUCACUUGGAUCUGCGGCUCAGUGUCAACUGUGUCCAGCAGGUUGGGAGUGUCCGGACACCAAAGGAGAAAGGAACUUCCCUUGUCCAGCAGGAACCUACAGCAAUACCAGCAUGUGCAUUCCGUGUGAACCUGGCCAUUACUGCCCUCGCACUGACGCUGAAGUAGUCUUGUCCUGCGCUAAUGGAACAUACUCGAUCGGGCUUCAAACGGCUUGCACACCCUGUCCGCCAGCGUUCGCCUGUCCGUCGGUGAAGGCCGCACCAACCGAAGCCGACCGCUGCCGUCCUGGUUCGUACUCGCCCGGCAAGCAAACUACCUGCACCGUCUGUCCACCUGCACACCGCUGUCCUCUCACGGAUGGUAGUGUGGUGGCUGGCUGUCCGCUUGGAAACUAUUCUCUUGGCAAUCAAACAGAAUGCCUGGCAUGUCCGUUGGGCUCAUCGUGCGAGAACCCCGGUGAAGCACCAGUGGAGUGCGGUCAGGGUUAUUACUCCGCACUAUUCCAGGUGACAUGCAAGCCGUGCCCGGCUGGUCAUUACUGUCGGCAGGUGUCCGAUGAUGGCGAUGUCCUGCCCAGUGAUCCCAGGCUAUGCCCUCAAGGUACAUUUAGUCGGGUCGGGAACAAUGGUACCGAGUGUACUCGCUGUACGGAUGGAAUUAACUGCCCACAAGGUGCAACGACCAACAAUGAUUCAACCUUUGCCUGUCCAAUUGGCUACUACUGCACCAACAGUGGACGGUUCACCAUCACGACGUCGUCCGUUGUUGUUCAGCAGCCGUGCCCAGCUGGAACAUAUGGCAAUGUGCGAGGUGGUUACAAUGAGUCGGCCUGUGAGAUCUGUCCACCGACGUUCUCUUGUCCCGAAGGCUUGGCUGCCUAUCCCAGAUCAGUGCACCGCUGCCGGGCCGGGUUCUACUGCCCUGCCGGUACAGGCCCCGGGUCUGAAGUCCCCUGCCCUGCGGGUACAUACUCUCGGGACGUGGGAAAUCACGAGCUAGCACAGUGUCGCUACUGUCCACCGGGUCGCUACUGUCUUCAGGGUGAUGAUACAGGUGGCAUACUGUGUCCACGCGGGCACCACUGUCCUUUCAACACCAGUCGUGCGCUGCAGUACGCCUGUUCUGCUGGCUACUUCACAGCAGAGCUUGGCAGCGUGUCGGCCGACGAGUGCAAGCUCUGCCCUGCCGGUCACUACUGUGCGAGUGGGACUGACUACCCGCGGCCCUGCCCGGCAGGAACCUUCAAUCCAAACAGAGCGCAGAGCAGCUUGGACUCCUGUUUGCCAUGCCGUGCGGGCUAUGCAUGUCCCAAGCCAGGGUCCACUGAGCCCACCGUGCACUGCGAGGCCGGGUAUUUCUGUCCCAACGGCUCUUCGAGCAGCAACGAUCCCCGCUACAAGUGCCUUGCUGGGACAUACACCAACUUCAACAACUUGACAGCUGCGUCUCAGUGUGACGUAUGCCCAGCUGGUAUUGCUUGUCCGGCUGGUACGGGCGGGAAGAAUCGACCACCGGUGCCCUGCGCUGUUGGACACUAUUGCCCUCCUGGCACGGGACGUGCUGAGCAAUUUCCUUGUGCUGCCGGUUCCUACACAAACCUGACGAAUCUAGAGAGCCAGGAAAACUGCACAGUGUGCCCCAAGGGCUACUUCUGUAUUGGGGGUCAGGCUGCCCCGUCCGAUGUCUGCCCGAAAGGCCACUUCUGCCCAGAAGGCACUCGCUACAGCACUGAUCACCCGUGUGCAGCAGGGACUUACUACAAUGCUACGGGCAAUCAGCGUUUCCAGGACUGUGUUCUCUGCACACCCGGUAGCUACUGUCUUGCUGGUUCUGCAGUGCCAACUGCCUGUCCUCGUGCAACAUACAGCAACUCUGAGGGAGCUGUGAACAUAUCAACAUGUCUGGUAUGCCCUGGCGGCAGUUACUGCCCAACGCCAGCAACCACCGAGCCUCUACCAUGCGGACUGGGUUCCUAUUCGGACGAUCGUGCCUACGCCUGCACAACCUGUUCACCCGGCUACUACUGCUCAAGCAGAACAACACACCGUACAGCUAUGCACCGUGAUAUGAUCUGUGCGGCUGGUACCACGUGUCUUGCCGGACGCCAGCAUCCGCCGGACCUGCUCUCCGAUGCCUGUGUGGCCGGUCACUACUGCCUGCCCGGGGAUCUGGACCCGAAUCCACGUCCCUGCCUCGAGGGGACUUUCAGCCCUCUGACUGGGCUGAAGGCCCUCAACGAGUGUCAGCCCUGCCCCGCCGGUUCAUAUUGCAGCCCGGUCGGCAGAACAGAGCCAAGUGGACCAUGUGCACCGGGCCACUACUGCCCGAACGGAACACGGAGUGCCACGCAGUUCCCUUGCCUUACUGGCUUCUUUCUCAAUGCGUCGGCAGCAGAAAGCGACCAGUCGUGCUCGGUCUGCCCAUCUGGAUUUUACUGCAACCAGCCCGGUCUUGGAGACCCCAUUGUCUGUCCGAGGGGAUUCUUCUGUCGGACUUCAUCCCGUGCACCACAGCCUUGCCCCCUGGGCACGUAUGGUAACAGCACGCUUCUCCGUCGCUCCACCGAGUGUGUGCCUUGUCCUGGUGGCAAGUAUUGUGAUGGCCUGGGUCUGCCCGAACCAAGCGGUGACUGUGAUCCUGGCUUCUAUUGCCGUGAACGAGCCUUCACUUCUGCUCCUCCGGAUGGCAGUCCGACUGGUGGUGUGUGCCCACGAGGUGGAUAUUGUCCUGCUGGUGUGGCUGUUGCCAGUAACUGUAACAACGGAACAUACGGUAACAGUACUGGCAACAAGUCACCGGAGGACUGUACACCAUGUCCAGGCGGUUUCUACUGCCAGGGUGACAACAACCCAACACCCAGCGGCCCGUGUGCACCGGGCUUCUAUUGCCCAACAGGGUCCCAGACUCCGUACAGUGUGUCUGUACCAGCUGGGUACUUCACCAAGGAAGGUGCCGCUACGCCAUCGCCGUGUCCCAUUGGACACUACCAAUCCGCCAAAGAACAAUCAUUGUGCAUCGUGUGUGACGCUGGCCGUUACUGUCCUGUUCAAGCAAUGGUGGAAGGUCUGGUGUGUCCUACGGGCGGCUACUGUCCCGUGGGGUCAUCAUUGCCAUCGCUGUGCCCUGCUGGAACCUUCAACCCAUCUGCUAACCAAGCUAACUCAUCGGCGUGCGAACCGUGCACUCAGGGCACCUAUUGUCGGACGGAGGGCUUGAUAGCGCCAACCGGACCAUGCAAUGCUGGCUUCUACUGUACUGGUGGUGCUGUUGAACCAGCACCCAAUAAUAGUAUUGCUGCUCAAGCCCGGUACGGUGGUGCAUGCCCUACAGGGCACUACUGUCCGCAGGGAACAGCCGUUCCGGCCAAGUGCCCGUCGGGAACGUACACGGAGGCCGUUGGUCUGGCAAUGGCGGAGAACUGCACGAACUGUCGAGGUGGCUUCGCGUGCACAGAACCUGGUCUCACCAUUCCUAAUGAGAAUUGCUCGGAAGGAUAUUACUGUGUGAACGGUGCCAGCACAAUCACUCCCGUGGACGGCAUCACGGGCAAUUUCUGUCCCAAGUUCCACUACUGCCCCAGUGGUAGUGCGUUCCCUAUCGCCUGUCCCAAUGGCAUGUUCUACAAUGCAACGCACGGAGUCGUGUGUGACUUUUGCCCACCCGGCCGCUACUGCAGUGGAAAAGGUCUUCCUCUGGUGUGCCCACAAGGCAGCUACUGCCCCAAUGCCACUGGCUCACCGCCAUUCCUGUGCCCCAGCGGACGCUUUGGCAACUCCAGUGGUCUGCAGAGCGUGGAAGAGUGCAUUCCCUGCCAGGGCGGACGCUACUGUCAGGGUGCCGGCGUGAACAGCUCCACAGCGCGUGAUUGCAGCGCCGGCUACUGGUGUGCUAAAGGUGUGGAUACCGCUACGCCAGGUGUGGCCGGUAGCACGUUCAAUGGUGACGGUGGCCCGUGUCCUGCGGGGUACUGGUGUCCGGCAGGAAGUGCUGAUGGCUAUGCUAACCCGUGUCCCCUGGGCACCUUCUCAUCGCGUACACAUCUCACCACCGCCAGCGAGUGCACGGCGUGCUCCGAUGGCACGUUCUGCAACGAAACCGGCCUGACGUCACCGACCGGUGCAUGUGAUCCGGGAUUCUACUGCCUGCGUGGGUCCAACACUGCUACACCGGGCUUAGGCGUGACAGGUGGCCCGUGUCCGAAAGGCAAGAAGUGCGGCUCGGGGACUCAUGUUCCCUUGAACUGUGAUCCCGGCACGUACAACCCCAGCGAAGGUCAGUUCGAGUGCUUGAUCUGCCCGGCUGGCUACUACUGCCUGAGUGGCUCAGUGACUUUCAACACAACUGUUUGCCCCAGUGGUCACUACUGUCCCAACGGCACGCAGACCAGUACAGAUUACCCUUGUCCACGUGGCACCUAUAGUCCACACGCCGGUCGUCAGUCGUUGUCCGAUUGUCAGCAAUGCUUACCAGGGCAAUACUGUGCCAGUGCAGGCAGUUCUAGCAUCAGCGGUUACUGCCAGGCUGGUUACUUCUGUCGACUGGGCGCAUCCAGUCCGCGCCCGACCGACAUAGUCAGCAACACCACGCUGGCACAGUGUGACUGUACGAGCGGCGUGUCCGGCGGAUUGUGCCCGGUCGGCUACUACUGCCCGUUCGGCUCGGGCGAGCCAAGACCGUGCGAUGCAGGCCGCUACUGUGCCAACGCAGGCCUAGGCUCCAGUCAAGGUGACUGCCAUCCAGGCUACUAUUGUGUAUCCGCAGCCGCUUCACCCACUCCAACGGAUGGUGUCACCGGCAAUGUGUGUCCACCCGGUGCGUUCUGCCCGGCAUCUAGCUCUGUUCCUUCACCAUGCCAGCCAGGCACGUUCUCUAACCAGUCUGGUCUGGCUAACAUCACGCAGUGUCAGCAGUGCACAGCUGGUUUGUAUUGUGCCUCUGUCAGUCUCACUGCACCAACUGGUUUCUGCUCGGCGGGCUACUAUUGCCCAGGCGGUCAGGCUGUAUCAACGCCAUCGGAGUACAUCUGUCCGCGUGGUCACUUCUGUCCCACUGGAUCACCUGCACCCAGUACCUGUCGCAGUGGUACUUACCAGAGCAGCUUAGGGCAGGUGGAAUGCUUGCCCUGUCCGGCUGGGUAUUAUUGUUCGAAUGUCACAGACCUAAGCUCUCCCACUGGAUUCUGCCCGCUGGGGUAUUUCUGCCCAGUGGGGACGGCAGUGCCGCAGCCAUGCCCACCUGGUCGCUACGGUGCUACCGAUGGUCUGUCGUCCGCUGAGAACUGUACCCUGUGCCGUCAUGGUGGCUAUUGUGCUGGACCGGCUGCAGUGCGCUCCGAGGCGUGUGCCAGUGGACACUAUUGCAUUGCUGGAGCGUCGGUGUCCAACCCAACGGACGGUGUAACCGGUGAUGAAUGCACGGUCGGUCAUUACUGUCCAUCGAAUAGCUCUGCACCGCUGGCAUGUCCGAUUGCAACGUUCAAUCCCAACCGUGGUCUGGGUGCGGAGCAUCAGUGUGUGCCAUGCACUGCCGGAUGGUUCUGUAAUGAAACCGGGUUAUCCCAGGUCUCUGGCCCGUGCACCGCCGGUUACUAUUGCCCGCAGCGAAGCCCUGGUGCACGCACGGUCGGGUGUCCACGCGGCAGUCACUGUCCUACGGGUAGUGGCACACCGGUUGUGUGUCCUGAUGGCAGUGUGACCACCGCUUCUCAUGCCGUGUCCUGUGAUGUGUGCCCGGCUGGUCAGUACUGUGUCAUGACAGUGCCUGGCGAGUACAUCGACUGCCCGCCGGGGUUCUACUGCCCCUCCGGAACUGGGUACGACUGGUCGCAGUGCCCUCCCGGUACAUUCAGCACAAGCAGUGGUCUUGCUAAUGCAUCUCAAUGUGAACCGUGCACUGGCGGUGAUUAUUGUGCUCAGUACAAUGCUACGCAAACCACUGGACAGUGCGACCCAGGAUUCUUCUGUGGGAUAGGUGCUCCAUCUGCCCAGCCCACCGUCGAUGCGCAGGGUCGCUACGGACCUUGCCCCACCGGGUUCUAUUGCCCACUGGGCACCAGUGUCCCGGUUCCCUGCCCGGCCGGACGAUACUCCAACCGCACACAUCUAACACAUGUGGGUGAGUGCACGGCGUGUCCAAGUGGUUACAGCUGCGAUGCUACUAACCUCACCCAGCCAAGCUCACAGUGCGAUGCUGGGUUCUACUGUACGGCCGCUUCCCCAACUCCGCGCCCGACAGCCUCUGCCGUGGGUGGACCAUGUCCGGUCGGUCAUUACUGCCCCACGGGAACUGGCACGCCGCUGAGAUGCCCUGCAGGUACGUAUAAUGAUCUGAUCCAGCAGGCCGAAUGUAUCACCUGCCCGGCCGGUUACUAUUGCCUGGCCAACACGACUGUGUUUAGCUUGGCAUGCCCCGCUGGCCACUACUGCCCGAAUGGAACGGAGCAUGCGUAUCAGUAUCCCUGCCCGUCAGGUUCGUUCAACAAUCAGACUCAGCGUCAGGGCCUGGACGAUUGCCAAGCCUGUUCGCCGGGCAUGGCGUGUGUGGGUGCAGGCCUGUCGCAGCCCUCGCAUGCCUGCUCGGCAGGUUACUUCUGCAGCGUUGGCGCGUGCUCAGUUACACCCACCGCUGCUAUGCUCUGUGGAAAUCAACUUUCGGGCACCGGAGAUCUCUGUCCUGUGGGCAAGUUCUGUCCUGAAGGCUCAUCCGCACCACUGGCAUGCUUGUCGGGAUACUAUUGCAAUGCUACAGGUCUUAGUAGUGUAAGUGGUGCAUGCAGUGCGGGUUACUACUGUCUAUCCAGUGCCUCGCACCCAACACCCACUGACAACACGACGGGUAACAUAUGCCCAUCAGGACACUACUGCCCAGUUGCCUCACCCGAACAGGUGCCCUGCCCGCCCGGUCGCUAUUCCCCGAGUAUGGGCAACACGAUGCUGAGCGACUGCUUGCUGUGUCAGCGGGGUAUGAGCUGCCCAACCAGCGGUCUCUCUGCCGCCACAGUGCAAUGUCAACCAGGUUAUUACUGCCCAGAGGGUCAGGUAUCCGAUAGCCCUGCACGCUAUACUUGCCCAGCAGGUCACUAUUGCCCCGGAGGCUCACCGGAACCUGUGCCAUGUCAAGAUGGAACGUACCAGAGCAUUGUCGGCGAGCCAGCGUGCUUGGACUGCCCCGCAGGAUUUUUCUGCAGUCUAAACGUCACCGUGUCCAAUGCCACGCAGUGCGCACGCGGAAUCAGCUUGCCAUCCGCAUGUCCGCCUGGUCACUAUUGUCCGAACGGCACUCGCUUUGCCAACCAGUACCCCUGUCCUGCUGGCACAUUCAACCCGUCCACGGGACUCGAAUCCGAGGCGGAGUGUCAGGCUUGCUCUGCUGGCUCGUACUGCGCUACGCCCGGCCUCUCAGCCGUGACCGGAGCGUGCUCUGCCGGCUAUUUCUGCGUGUCGCGCUCCGAGUCCGCCAUGCCAGUGGACAACUCGACGGGCGGCGUGUGCCCCGUGGCUAUGUACUGUGUGCUGGGGUCAGAGCAAGGUGAGCCAUGCCCGGCUGGGUCCUACUCGAAUGUGACUGGCCUGCGCAGUCAAUCGGAGUGUUUCCCCUGCGAUGGUGGUAGCGUGUGCGCUGGCCUGGGACUGACCGAGCCCACCGGACUCUGCGACGCGGGCUACUUCUGCCGGCGAUCUGCGAUCAGCGCAACACCAGCCGAGUCAAGCACUGGUGGAGUUUGUCCUGUGGGCCACGCCUGUCCGCAAGGCACGGCCAAUCCUAUCGCGUGCCCGGACGGUACUUACAGCAAUCAGACUCAAGCAUCACAAUGUGUCUCUUGUCCGCCUGCGUACUACUGCGUCAACGGCAGUAGUGCGCCGCUGGACUGCCCCAUUGGUUGGUAUUGCCCCCAGGGAACUGGCUCGGUUUGGCAAGCAUGCCCUCCUGGCACCUACAGUGCUGUCACGGGUAUAUUUGAAAGCGGUCAGUGUACACAGUGCGAUGGUGGUCGCUACUGUCCAUCUCCACACGCAUCGACCACCAGUGGUCCAUGUCUUGCUGGCUACUACUGUCGAUCUGGUUCCAACUCUGCCACGCCUGAUGACAACUCAACUGGGGAUGCGUCUCUGUGCAUCACCGGUCACUAUUGCCCUGAGGGUUCUGCCGAGCCGCAGCCCUGCCCAAGCGGAACAUUCAACAACGCCACUGGCUCUAAAUCCCUGACUGACUGUGCACCCUGUUUGCCUGGCCAUUACUGUGGCGAGCAAGGCCUUGACAAGCCGUCAGGGUUCUGUGCAGCCGGCUACUUCUGCUACUCCUCCGCCGAGUCGUUCAUGCCAGCUAAUAGCACUGAAAAUAGUGGCCCGUGUCCUGCUGGUUCAUUCUGUGGAUCAGGGUAUUCCCUGCCAGAAGUAUGUGCUGCAGGAACCUACACAUCUUCCAGUCGCCAAGCAAGCUGUACACCUUGUCCUGCUGGAUAUUUCUGUCCCAGCAACACCUCAUCUCUUGUCAAUAGUGUGUGCCCGAAAGGCUACUUCUGCCCACAGAGUACUCCAUCGGACGUUGCCAAUCCUUGCAAGCCUGGCUCAUUCAACAACGCAACCGGAGCUGAGAGUGAAGCAGAGUGCUUGCCUUGCCCGCCUGGUGAGUACUGCCAGUCGUCCGGUUUAGCCUUGCCAUCCGGCCUGUGUGACGCUGGCUUCUACUGUCGCGGUGGCGCUACAACUGCCAGGCCACGACCGCUUACCAAUGCAUCGCUCUCACUGUCGCCGUCGCCCAACUGUAGCACCUUGCUGUCAUCGUGCAUGUGUCCAAGUGUGUUGGAAGGUGAUCAGUGUCAGGCAGGCUACUACUGCCCGGCAGGUUCAGAGCUACCACUAGCAUGUCCACCAGGUCAGUACUGCUCUCUUCCUGGAUUAUCCAGUCCUGAAGGCCUGUGUCAGGCUGGCCACUACUGCAAUGGCACUGCUGUAGUGAACAACCCACAGGACCAGGAGUACGGCAGUGAAUGCCCACCCGGCUACUACUGCGUUUCCGGAGCCGAGUCCCCAGUGCCGUGUCCGCCAGGCACAUUCUCACCUCGUGUCCGCAACCAGAUGACAAGCGACUGUCAACCCUGCACUGCCGGUCACUACUGCGCUGGGUUUGGCAACAAUGAAACGUCGGGACAGUGCUCGGCUGGCUACUAUUGCCCCGGAAAUGACACCGAGAGUCAGCUGCCCAGCCAGGGCUGUCUGCCAGGGUAUGCAUGUCCAGUUGGCAGUGUAUCACCGGCUGUGUGUCGCCCAGGUACAUACCAGCGACUUGGCACACAAGCCACAUGCUUGCAGUGCCCCGCGGGCAUGGCCUGUGAACCGGGCAGUCACAACUCCUUGCCAAACAGAACACAAGCUAUCACCACACCUCUACUAUGUCCCGCGGGCUACUACUGUCCCCCAGGAACAACGUAUCAGCAGCAGUACCCAUGUCUGAUGGGCACCUACAACAACGAGACAGGUAGCGAAGGUGCAGAAGCAUGUGUACCUUGUCCCCCCGGCCAGUACUGUCAGGACGCCGGCAGUGAGUUGCCACACGGAUUCUGUGCUGCUGGUUACUUCUGUAGACUGAAUGCGAGCGUUCCCAACCCAUCCGGGUCUGAUUCUACUGGUGCUCCAUGUCCAUCUGGUCACUACUGCAGCAUGGGUGCUAGCCACGCUGAGCCAUGCCCGGCUGGAUACUUCAACAACAGAACACGACAAUCAGCACUCGGUGAUUGUGUGUCUUGCUCAGCGGGAUUCUAUUGCGAUCAGCCAGGAUUGAGCGUCCCCCGCGGCCCUUGUGCUCAGGGCUUCUUCUGCUCUGGCGGAUCGUCGACCGCAACACCUCGUAACUCGACAACAGGAGCUGCAUGUCCACUGGGUGCCUACUGCCCUGAACAGUCUGCCGCGCCUGUCAACUGCUCUGCCGGAUCAUUCCAGCCGUUGACGCUACAGGUCAGUGUAUCUGCGUGCCUGCCUUGCACGCCGGGAAUGUUCUGUGAUCGACCUGGUCUUGGCAACGUGUCCGGAAUGUGCACGGCCGGAUUCUACUGCACGUCACAGGCCAGCAUCAGUCAACCGCAAGAUGGUGUCACUGGCAAUAUCUGUCCACGUGGUAGCUUCUGUCCACUAGGCUCGUCAUCGCCGACGACAUGCGCCAACGGUACGUUCACAAACAGCACUGGCUCGGCAAUGUGUCAGGUCUGCCCGGCUGGGUAUUUCUGUGCAGUGGGUGACACUGCUGAACUGUGCCGGCCGGGUCACUAUUGUCCUGCUGCUACUGGCUACACACUGCCUGCUUGCCCGACGGGAACGUUCCGCAGUAGAACCGGUGGACAGAGCGUUGAUGACUGUGCGUCGUGCACCGGUGGCUAUUUCUGUAACAGCAUGGGUCUGAGUGCUGUGAGCGGUACAUGCGCUGCCGGAUACUGGUGUCUGUCUGGUGUGGACACGGCGCGUCCGGUCAGCGAUGCUGCUAACUACACUGGUACCGGUGGUGAGUGCUUUCCCGGCUCUUUCUGUCCGGAGGCUACUGCGUAUCCAGUGCCGUGCACGAACGGUACGUACACAUCACUCCGUACACAGUCUGUUUGCGGUGACUGCCCUACUGGCUAUGCAUGCCCGCAGAACACAAGCAAUCCUCAGCUGUAUCCGUGUGCCAUUGGUCACUACUGUCCACUGGGGACACGGCAUGUGACACAGUACCCAUGCCCAGCGGGCACGUUCAACAACGAGUCCGCAUCCACGUCUUCACUGUUCUGCCAGCGCUGCACACCAGGCUACUAUUGUGAUACUGAAGGAUUGGCAGAGCCUGCAGGAAUGUGCAAUGCCGGCUACUUCUGUACUGGAGGUUCAGUGUCUCCGCAUCCGAUAUCGCCGUCCAACUCCAGCUCAUUGUUGGCUAUCAACUGCACUACGACAGACAUCAUGGGUGGCAUCUGCCCAACUGGUUCGUACUGUCCUGAAGGCUCUCCGUAUCCAGUACCGUGCCCAGGUGGACAGUACUGUGCUAUUGGUGGCCUGCACCAACCAACGGGACCGUGCUCUGCUGGGUUCUACUGCACUUCUGGUUCGUCGGUGGCUAACCCUACGGGCAACGAGUGCACUCCUGGAUACUACUGUCCCAACGGCACCGGCACUCCAGCACCUUGUCCACCGGGUACGUACCAGCCAGACCAGGGUGCCAGCCAUGAACAGGACUGCGUUCCGUGCACACCGGGGUUCUUCUGCUCCUCGUGGGGAGCUUCCGCCGUGUCCGGUCCGUGUGCCUCGACCUACUACUGUCCAUCUGGGCAGCGCAACGCCUCGGCCAUCCUAUGUCCCACUGGCUUUGCAUGCCCUCUGCAAUCUGCUGCGCCCGUACCAUGUCAGAAUGGCCUCUAUCAAGAUACAGCAGGUCAAUCCGAGUGUCGAGUUUGCCCAGCCGGUUUCUACUGUACUUUGGGUGAUGUUGGUGGUUGCAACAACACUGUCAACGGCUCCACCGGAAUAGUCACACCGUCUCCGUGCCCUCCAGGCUCUUUCUGCCCACUGCAAACGAACAGCAGCAAGGCGUAUCUGUGUCCACGUGGCACAUUUAGCAACACCACCAAGCUGCAAAACUCCAGCCAGUGCACGCCAUGUUCACCAGGAAGAUUCUGUGCGUCAGAGGGUCUCAGUCAGCCAUCUGCUCUCUGCUCCGCCGGACACAUCUGCAUUCUGGGUGCAUCCCAGCCUGCUCCUGUGGACAAUGUCACUGGGGCUACUUGUCCGCGAAGCGAAUACUGCCCACCAGGCUCAUCUCAAGGCAAGCCGUGUCCAGCUGGCACUUUCGGAGCAAGAAAUGGCCUGGAGUCAAGUGGGGAAUGCACUCAGUGUACGCCUGGUUCAUACUGCGCCAGUGAGGGACUGAUGCAACCUACAGGUCUCUGCUUUGCGGGACACUACUGUACUGGCAAUGCUACAAAUGCCAUGCCAUCCGCAUUGGACGACUCCUUCGGUGAUCAAUGCCCACCCAGUUCGUAUUGUGUCAAUGGCUCUUCACAGCCCACAUCUUGCCCGCCUGGCACAUUCUUACCCACUCCCGGAGGUGAGUCAGUGGCUAGUUGCCUGCCCUGUUCCCCAGGACAGUACUGUCAAGAUUCUGGAAUGACCUCACCGAGCGGCAAUUGCUCCGAGGGAUACUAUUGUUCAGCAGGGGCGGCGCUGGCAGCACCACCAAGCAACAGCUCAGCUGGUGGAAUAUGUCCCAUAGGUCACCACUGUCCCGAGGGUUCUUCCGCGCCGGUCCCCUGUGUCAACGGUACGCUAAGCUCGGCGCUGGGAGCCGUGUUGUGUGACCUGUGUCCAGCAGGGUUUCAGUGUACGACGGGUGAUCAGGCAGUGCCGUGUCCCGCUGGCUACUAUUGCCCGGCUGGUACAGGUUUCGACUGGCGGCCAUGCCCUGCAGGUACGUACAGCUCGGCUACUCAGCUAUCACACCUAGACAACUGCACUCAGUGCAGUGGAGGACUGUACUGUCACAUGCCGGCUCUCACCUCGCCCACUGGCAACUGCUCAUCUGGACACUAUUGUCAGUCCGGUGUCAGCGUGCCUGAUCCUGGUCGAAACAUGUCCAAUGUGGGAACCGGUGGACUGUGUCCUCCCGGUCAUAUGUGUCCCGGCGGAUCAGCACGUCCUCUGCCAUGUGCAGCCGGUCGGUAUGCCAACCAGACUGGUACAAGUGAGUGUUUGAUCUGCCCGGCUGGGUAUUACUGUGCUGAUGCCACUAUAGACUAUACUCUGUCGCCGUGUAGUGAAGGGCAUUACUGCCUGGCCGGCACCUACAGCCAGUUCCUCUACCCGUGUCCAGCCGGCACGUUCAAUAACCGCACUGGUGCUGACUCCAGUGCACACUGUCUGCAGUGUACCGGUGGUAUGUAUUGUGCCGAACAAGGACUACCAGCUCCCACUGACCACUGCACUGCGGGCUGGUACUGUGUGUCAGGUUCCAGGACGGCCACGCCGAGCAAUGUCUCCAACAGCUCUGUUUGUGCUCUGGGUGGUGGUGAUGUGUGUCCGCUGGGUAGCUUCUGUCCAACCGGUUCUGCAGCACCGACACCAUGCACACCUGGUUUCUACUGUGGACAAACACAACUGCAACUACCCUCUGCUCCCUGUAUGGCUGGACAUCUCUGCACUGGAGGAGACACACAAGCUGACCCGGAUUCGCUGUGCCCUGCUGGUGCCUAUUGUGCUGAUGGCUCGUCCAGUCCGACUCUCUGCCUGGCUGGCACUUUCCAGCCCCACGCCAAAGCCACCGGCACUGCCGAUUGUCAGCCGUGCACUGCCGGAAUGUACUGUGCCAUUGCAGGUCUUCCCGCACCCACUGGAAAUUGCUCCGAGGGCUAUUACUGUCCUCCAGGGCAGAGCUCUGCAACCCCGACCGGAUUGUCGUGUCCACCUGGGCACUCUUGCCUGUCGGGUCAAGGAGUUCCUACAGCAUGCCCUCCAGGUUUCUAUCAGCCAAACAAUGGUUCCAGUGCAUGCUUACAGUGCCCACUGGGUCAGUACUGUGAUCCAAAUGAAAACUCUACAACAGCACUCUGUCGGUUAUCUUCAUCUCGAGGUGUUGCAUCUCCUCAGGACUGCUCGCCUGGCUACUUUUGUCCCCGAGGCACACAAUAUGCUGUGCAGAAUCCCUGCCAACCUGGCACAUACAGCAACAAGACAUCUCUAUCAUCGCAAUCCCAGUGUUCAUAUUGUCCAGGUGGUAUGUACUGUGCUACUCCGGGGCUAGUUGCUCCCACUGGUGCUUGUGCGGCAGGCUAUGUCUGCAUCUCUGCAGCGCUCACAUCACAGCCCAGCGAUGGUUCCACUGGCAGGUCAUGUCCCGCUGGUCGAUAUUGCCCAGUGCAGUCGGAGUCCGGUAUCCCCUGCCCAGCUGGAACGUUCAGCAAUCGAACAGGUUUAGCAACAUCCGCACAGUGCACAUCUUGUACUGCAGGUCAUUACUGUAACUCUACUGGCCUAACAGAGACAUCUGGGCUAUGCACUGCUGGCUAUUACUGCUUGGGUGGUGCCAGCAAUCCAGCACCGUACAACAGGACCGGCGCGACUUGCCCCACCGGCAACUACUGUCCCGAGGGAAGUGGCCAGCCAACUCCGUGUCCUCCCGGCACCUCCCUUGACGUGACUGGGAAGUCAUCAGUGGCUGACUGUGUGGCCUGCGCACCACAGAUGUACUGUGAUCGACCUGGCCUGAUAGCUCCUACUAACCUGUGUGCACCAGGCUACUACUGUAUCGGUGGUGCCAACAGUAGCUCACCAACUGACGGUGUUACAGGCAAUAUCUGCCCGGUCGGUUUCUUCUGCCCAUCUGGCUCCAUGCGCCCACAGCCUUGCCUGAACGGGACGUACGCCAAUUUCACUGGUGCGUCUGCCUGUCUCAUCUGUCCCGACGGCCACCACUGUGUACGUGGACACACGGCUGAUCCGUGCCCUGCUGGUCACUUCUGUCCUAACGGUACCGGGCACGACAUUCAGCCGUGUCCGCCGGGCACCUACCACCCGUCUGGCCGCAUCUGGCUCGAGAACCAGUGUCUGGCGUGCCCACCAGGCUUUGUUUGCCCAACACACGGCACAUCCAAUGCAAGCGUCCUCUGUGGCGCUGGCUACUAUUGCAGCAGUGGUGUUGAUCAGAUGUUGCCCACUGGAAACCACACGGGUGUUGGUGCUAUCUGCCCGGUGGGACACGAGUGUCCGAUCGGAUCGGCCGAUGCUCGCAAGUGUCCCGCCGGCACUCAUGCUGACCGAGAAGGCCUUCAGGCGUGUGAGCCAUGCCCUGCAGGUAAGUACUGCAAGGUGGGCACGUCAUUUGCAACAGACUUCUGCCCGCCCGGUCACUUCUGUCCGCUGGGAACACAGUACGCGAAUCAGACAGCAUGCCCCUCCGGCACAUACAAUCCUGUCGGCGGUGCUAAAAACCUAUCGUCAUGCUUGCUGUGCCCGCCUGGUAUGUAUUGUGGUAACGACGGACUGGCUUCUCCGAGUGGCAACUGUUCCGGUGGCUGGUACUGUACUGGCGGUGCUAGCCAGUCUCAGCCAAGACCCGUGGGUCUCUCACAAUCAUGCCAGUCCAACACUUCCCUGUCGGAAUGCUCCUGCCCGAGCACAAACUACACGGGUGGCCGUUGCUGGCCUGGUUCAUUCUGUCCGGUCGGUUGUAGCUAUCCACGACCAUGCUCACCCGGAAUGUACUGUGCUGAGUCGGGGCUAGAAUACCCAUCAGGCUUGUGCUCUCAAGGCUACUACUGCAACGGUAGCGACGUUGUGUCCAAUCCGGCGGUGAAGCUAUGCCCGGAUGGAUACUACUGUCCGGCUGGCAGCGCUGUUCCCGAGCCGUGCCCAUCAGGGACUUACCUCCCUAGCAUGGGCCAUGCAAACAUGUCGGAGUGCUUGACGUGCACACCGGGUCACUAUUGCUCCGGCGUGGGACUUUCCCAGCCAAGUGCCGUGUGUCCGGCAGGCCAGUACUGUCCAGGUGGUCAGCACACCGGCUAUGAGUAUAACUGUACUGUUGGUCACUAUUGCCCUGUGAAUAGCAGUGCACCUGUACCGUGUGCUGCUGGCCUGUAUCAGAACCAAGCCGGUCGUGGCCAGUGUAAGACAUGUCCCAGCCAGUAUUACUGUGACUCGACCACUACUUCACCCAGUGGUGUUGUUAUCCCCGCCGUGUGUCCCGCCGGUUCAGUGUGUCCUGCUGGCACGCAGGCGUCCAAACAGUAUGUGUGCCCACCCGGUACUUACAGUGAUGCGACCGGCCUCUCGUCCACCAGCCAGUGCUUUGCGUGUCCAGCUGGACAGUUCUGUGCAGAUCCAGGCCUCACAAACACCAGUGGGCCUUGCUCUGCUGGCCACAUCUGCGUAAUCAACGCCACAGUACCCAAUCCCAGCGACGGAAUCACCGGUCAAUCAUGCCCAAUGGGACGGUUCUGUACCGAGGGUACCACUGCUCCGAGCAAUUGCCCAGUGGGCACUUUCAGCAACAGAACAGGCUUGUCAGCGUCCUCCCAAUGUACUCCGUGUACUUCGGGAACGUACUGCGACACAUCGGGCCUGAGUGCACCCAGUGGACCUUGCCAUGCUGGGUUCUACUGUCGCACCGGCAGCAACACAUCCCAACCAGUGCUGCAGCCGUUCGGUGACCACUGCCCGGAAGGUAUGUACUGUCCGAGUGGCACUGCUCUUGCACAGGAGUGCCCGACGGGAUACCUACGCAACACUACGUCUGGUCGCAGCCUUGCUGACUGUCAGCCAUGCUGGCCAGGUUACUACUGCGCACAAACUGGUCUUUCAUCGCCGUCCGGACCGUGUCAAGCAGGUCACUACUGUACCGAGGGUGCUAGCAGUGCUACACCCGAUGGCAACGAUGGAGCUGGUGGUGCGCCGUGUCCACUAGGCCACUAUUGCCCUCUGGGCGCACCAUCGCCGAUACAGUGCCGGGACGGAACGUACAUGAAUCACACCGCGGCAGCCCUGUGCAGCCAAUGCCCCGCUGGGUACUUCUGCUUGGCUCCGCACGUCAACGCUUCUUUGUGCCCCGAGGGCUACUACUGCCCAGCCGGUACAGGUGGAAACCCACAGCCAUGCCCGCGUGGAACGCUCAACUCACAGCUUGGUUUGCAGCACGUCGGCCAAUGUCAACAAUGUCCCGGCGGUUAUUACUGCUCUCUGCAAGGUGCAGUCAAUGUCUCUGGUCUCUGUGCUCCUGGCUAUUUCUGUUCUGAAGGCGCUGAUCAGGAGAGACCGUCCAGCAACUCCAGCAGUGGUGACAUCUGCCCUGCUGGCCACUAUUGCCCACUCGGGAGCAGUGCUGCACGUGCCUGCUUGCCAGGAUCGUACAGUAAUGUAACCGGCUUAUCCGAGUGCCUGCAGUGUCCUGCCGGAUUCUACUGCUUGGCGACAAGCAGUACGUUUGAAGACACGCCAUGCCCAGCAGGUCACUAUUGUCCAGUAGGGACGAUGCACGCCACACAGCACCAAUGCCCGCCAGGAACGUUCUCCAACAGCACUCACUCGCAAUCUCAGCUGGAAUGUGCCCUGUGCCCACCACGCUACUACUGCUCUGCAUUCGGUUCCAGCCAGCCAACUGGCCUGUGCUCGGCCGGUUACUACUGUCCUGGUGGCAGUGUGUCAGCAACACCGAUGCUCCCCGGCAAUAGCUCAACAUUCUGGCCACAUUGUCCGGCAGAACUGGUAAACGGCACGGGUGCUAUCUGCCCUGCCGGAACGUAUUGCCCCAUUGGUUCAGCAAGUCCACUGCCGUGUCCUAGUGGCAUGUACUGUGCACUGGCCGGUCAGGCCAACACAACGGGACCGUGUGCAGCCGGCUACUUCUGCAGUGGCUGGGACACAUCGCCCACUCCACAGCCCUGUGCCGCUGGUCACUACUGCACACGUUGCACGCCGUACACUGUACCCUGCCCGGCAGGUACCUACAGCAAUGUUAGUGGACUGGCGAGUGUGGAGGAAUGUUCCAACUGCCCUGCUGGCAUGUUCUGCGACGGAUCAAAUCCAACAACACCGUCCGGCUCAUGCUCGACUGGCUACUAUUGCCCAGGUGGGCAGAACCGUUCCGACCCUCUGGACGGAGUCUGUCCAACUGGACACUACUGUGAAGUGGCCAGUCCGUCACCCAGUCCAUGCACAGCUGGACAGUAUCAAGAUGAAACCGGUCAAAGUUCAUGCAAGGUCUGCCCAAGCGGAUCCUACUGUCAACCUACUCUAGCUGUAAGUGCCAAUGCCAGUGUGUCUGUGAGUACAGGCGCUGUGUGGCCCGUCAUAUGUCCAGCUGGCUCGUACUGCCCGAACGCCACCGAACACCCAACACAGUACCGAUGCACACCAGGCACACACAGCAACACCACUGGCUUGCACCGAACUGCUGACUGCUCGCCUUGUCCUGGUGGCUCCUAUUGUGCGUCGUACGGCCUGACUGAACCAACUGGUCUGUGUAGCGCUGGACAUUACUGUGCUCUACGUGCUGCACUGCCGCAACCUGUGGAUGGGAUUAGCGGUGACGUGUGUCCGGCUGGGUAUUACUGCCCCACUGGUUCUGAUGGCAACUAUCCUGCCUGCCCUGUUGGCACGUACAACGAUCAUACUGGCAGUGGCAAUGUCUCGGCGUGUAUUCCUUGCACACCCGGCCGCUACUGUGCCCAGUCGGCUCUCAACACCUCGCUGGGCACGGGCUUGUGUGCUGGCGGGUUCUUCUGCACGCUCGGCUCAUCGACAUCACAGCCCGCGAAUGCUUCAUCUGGUGACGCAUGCUGGCCAGGAUAUUACUGCCCUGUGGGUAGCUCCACUCCUGCUCCUUGUCCGAUUGGUACCUUCUUGCCUGAUGGUCAACACGACAAUGCCAGUGACUGUGUGGCGUGUAGCGCUGGGUCAUACUGCGCUAUCCCAGGUCUAACCAACGUGUCUGGACCGUGCUCGGCUGGUUUCUUCUGCCGACUCGGUGCAAUGACCAGCUCGCCCACGGAUGGCUCGACAGGGAACACAUGUCCUGUUGGCUCGUACUGUCCGACCGGCUCGCCCAUACCCAUUCCUUGCGCCAAUGGAACAUUCACCAACCACACUGGUGCAUCAGUGUGUCAGCCCUGCCCAGAGGGCCACUACUGUGUAGACCGUAUCACUCCACAGCCGUGUCCUCUCGGAUUCUACUGUCCAGCUGCUACUGGUGCUAACUGGCAGCUGUGCCCCAGAGGAACGCAUGGCCUGUCAUUGCGUCUGUCGUCGGCUGACCAGUGCACGCCUUGCGCUGGUGGUUACGUCUGUGAUGCCAGUGGCCUGAGGAACUACACGUCGGCCUGUGCUGCAGGGUAUUUCUGUGCCCGGGGUGUGGACACCACCAUGCCGACACCACAGGGUGCACAUCUGGGCAAUGGUAGCGUGUGUCCCGUUGGACACUACUGUCCUACCGGCACUGCCUGGCCUGUACCCUGCCCGGCCGGUACAUACACCAAUGCCACACAGCAAGCCCUGUGUCAGCUCUGCCCCGCUGGUUACUACUGCCUGCAGGGAUCUAUUACGUACGAGCUGACACCGUGUCCUGCGGGCAGCUUCUGUCUGCAGGGAACUCAACUAGCUACUCAGUACAUGUGUCCACCGGGUUCCUACAAUCCUGACACGGGUGGAGUGAAUGCGUCAUCAUGCUUGUCCUGUCCACCUGGCAUGUACUGUGAUGGCUAUGCUCAGGCUCUGCCCACUGGGAACUGCAGUGGAGGUUGGUACUGCACUGGUGCAGCCACAUCACCGGCCCCACUUCUUCUUGGCUCCCUGUCUGCCAAUGCCAGUCUGAACUGUACAACUAUAGCCGAGUGCUCGUGUCCCGUCAACAUCACUGGUGGCCGAUGUCCGCCCGGGUUCUAUUGCCCGAGUGGGUCAUCUCGACCGCUAUCCUGCCCAGCUGGUAUGUACUGCGCGGAGCAUGGCCUCUCUGUGCCAUCUGGUCAAUGCUCAGCGGGAUACUACUGUACCGGGGGCAGUCUGUCUGCAGAACCGUCCGACUCACUGUGCCCGCGUGGAUCGUAUUGCCCGCUGGGUGCUACAUCACCUGUUCCGUGUCCGCGUGGAACGUUCUCCGCAGCGCUAGGAAAUCCCAAUGUUACAGAUUGUCAGGCUUGCUCACCGGGUCGCUACUGUAAUGAAUCCGGCCUAAACAGUCCAACAGGGUUCUGCCAAAGUGGCUACUACUGCCCAACGGCUAUAUCAGUCAUGGAUCCAGCUCUGUACCAAUGUCCAACUGGCCACUACUGCCCGCUAGGUAGUGCGUCACCUCUGCCGUGUCCGCUGGAUCAGUAUCAACCCUCUGCUGGACAAGCUGCUUGUCUUCCUUGUCCUGCAGGUCAAGCAUGUCGCAGUGCCAAUGGAACAGUCACUCCCCUGCCAUGCCCAGUCACACAGUACUGCCUGCAGGGCUCAUCGCCACAACCAUGUCCUCCGGGAACGUUUAGCAAUGCAACAGGACUGAGGAAUUCUACGCAAUGUCACCCAUGUUUGCCAGCCUGGUAUUGUGCAUUGCCAGGUCUGGCCGAACCAUCCGGUCUCUGCAGCCCUGGCUUUUACUGUACAUCCACUGCUGCUAACUCACAGCCGACCGAUGGCGUUACGGGGGAUGUGUGCCCUGUAGGAUCCUACUGUGGACAGGGCUCCUCCACGCCGAGCCUGUGUCCUGCGGGUACAUUUUCCAACCAGACAUCACUUGCCAAUGCAUCACAGUGCACUGCUUGCACACCCGGCAUGUACUGCGCUAGUGCUGGUCUGGCAUGGCCGACUGGACCCUGCAAUGCUGGCUACUUCUGUAGCAUCUCUGCAGUCAGUAGCCACCCAGUGUCCAGUGUACAGGGUGGCGGUGUGUGUACUCGCGGUCACUACUGCCCACAGGGUACAGCCUCUCCACGGCCGUGCCCCAGAGGUACGUUCCGCAAUGCCACACUGGCCGCUGACAUCAAUGGCUGUAGUGAUUGUUUGCCAGGCUACUACUGCGAUACGGCUGGUCAGACCAGUGUGUCUGGACUGUGCAAUCCUGGUUUCUACUGCACUGCCGCUGCAACAAGUCCCACCCCGGUGUCGGAAGCGUCUGCCGAUGUGUGCCCAGUGGGUAGCUACUGCCCUGCCGCCACCGCCGUUCCACUCUCCUGCCCCGCUGGCCAGUUUGGAAACACCACCCAGCUAUCAGCAUGCUACAUGUGCCCGGCAGGUUUUCAUUGUGACGGUGGUAGUCACAUCAGCAUCUGUCCGCCCGGUAGCUAUUGUCCAAUAGGUACCGGCCGCCACACCCCACUCUGCCCACCCGGUACGUUCAGCAAUAGCACUGGCUUGGCAGCGGUGACUGACUGUCAGCCGUGCUCCCCUGGCUCCUACUGUGAUGCUGCAGGACUGACACAGGUAUCUGGGCCAUGUGCAGCUGGCUACUACUGUUCAAUCGGAGUCAGUGUAGCUAUACCUGUCAGCGGAUACAACGGUACCGGUGGCCAAUGUCCUCCCGGUACAUUCUGCCCCACCGGAACUUCAUACCCUAUCCCGUGUCCUCUGGGAAUGUUCAAUCCUUACAGCUCCCAGUCCAAUUGCUCGCUCUGCCCGUCCGGGGUAUUCUGCCCCGGGAACACGUCUGACUUCAGUGUGUACCCAUGCCCCACGGGUCAUUACUGUCCUGCUGGUACCCAGUCUUCCCUGCAGUAUCCCUGUCCUCCGGGUACUUUCAACAAUGCAACACAGCAAGCUAGCAGGGCAUCGUGUCGCUUAUGCCUGCCAGGAAUGUACUGUCGGGACUUUGGCCUGACCAUGCCGAACGGACUCUGUAGCGCCGGCUGGUACUGCACCGAAGCAGCUGAUUCACCCAAGCCAACAUUCACCAGCAAUGUCACCAAUAUGUCCAUCUUGGCCCAAUGCCCCAUGUUGUCUGUGAACCAGUCCGGUGGAGUGUGCCCUGCAGGGCACUAUUGCCCCGCUGGAAGUGAGCGUCCACAGCCAUGCCCUGCUGGUCAGUACUGCAGUGACUCUGCUCUUGCUCAACCGUCCGGAGACUGUUUGGAGGGCUAUUUCUGCGCAGGUGCUGAUGUUACUGCAUCGCCCAAGCUGUGUUCACCCGGAUACUACUGUCCGAAUGCUACUGCUGUUCAACUGCCAUGCCCAGCGAGUACAUUCCGAAGUGUGGCUGGUGCUACGUCCAGCACUGACUGUCGACAAUGCACGGCCGGUUUCUAUUGCCAGGGCUCAGCCAACACGAAUGUCACCGGGCCAUGCGCAAAUGGGCACUAUUGCCCGGCAGGCCAAAGCACAUCCACACCAAGUAGCUAUGGUUGCCCGCGUGGUCACUACUGCCCGGCUGGUGCUCCACACCCUCUGGGCUGUGCUCCCGGCACCUAUCAGCCGAACGCCUUGCAACAGACCUGUGACACCUGUAUCCAGGGCUCCUAUUGUGCAGCGAACGCUACGCAGUCCACCGCCAUCCUUGGAGUGGUGCACAACAGUAGCUUUGCUGGCAUAGAGCUGCUAACAUCUUGCCCUGCUGGAUCUUAUUGCCCCUCGGGUACAUCUACGUCUCGGCAGCACCUGUGUCCAGCUGGUUCUUACAGUAACGUCAACUCUCUGAUCAGUAUCUACCAAUGCAGUCCAUGCCUGCCCGGACAGUAUUGUUCAUCACCAGGACUUGUCCAACCUACCGGCCCCUGCUCUGCUGGAUACGUGUGCGUGAAUGGCUCUGCUCGGUCAACACCUGCCGACGGCCUUACUGGCGCUAUCUGCCCGGCUGGCCAGUACUGCCCUGCUGGCUCAUCCGCCGGGCUGCCCUGUCCAGUGUCGACGUUCUCACCGGCUGAAGGAUUGCGAAACAGAUCGCAAUGCCAGGCAUGCACCGCCGGCGCUUACUGUGCAACUCCCGGUCUUGUCAAUGUCACUGCCUUGUGUCGAGCUGGCCACAUCUGCUACUCUGGCUCGCACGAGGAAGCACCUAUUUCCCAGCUGCACGGAGACCGUUGUCCCGUGGGACACUUCUGCCCCGAGGGCACUCCAUCACCGCAGGCAUGUCCUCUGGGAACCUAUCGCUAUACCGUUGGCGCUGCUCAGGCAUCCGACUGUCAGCCUUGUGAUGGCGGGCAGUACUGUGGCAACACUGGCCUGUCCAACACAUCAGGUCCAUGUGCAAGUGGCUACUUCUGCACACUGCGCUCCUCAAGCAGCACACCAGGCAGCGGCGGGGCUGACCCGACUGGCGGAACGUGUCCCGUUGGUCACUUCUGCCCGGCUGGUUCCGCAGCACCAGUGCCCUGUCUCAACGGCACCUACUCCAACACUACUGGGUCCACACAGUGUUCCCAGUGUCCCCAGGGGUACUACUGUGUGGAUGGUGUGGUGCCAGUGCCCUGCCCACGGGGCUACUACUGCCCGGCUGGCACGGACCUUGAUUGGAUGAAGUGCCCUGUGGGAACGUUUGGCUCUCGCACCACUUUAUCAAUGGCAUCGCAGUGCUCACCGUGCUCUGCAGGGUACUACUGCAGUGUGCCGGGUUCUCCCAAUGUCACCGGUCCUUGUAAUGCUAGGUUUUACUGCCAGCAUGGUGUUGACAGGCCUAACCCUGCUGGCGGCAAUGUUACGGGUGUCGGCGGUGAGUGUCCUGGCACGCACUACUGUCCUGUUGGAACGGGCACACCAAUACCAUGUCCUGCUGGAACCUACAAUGGUCUUGUCGGCCAGGCUCUGUGCUCUCCGUGCCCUGCCGGCUAUUUCUGUUUGAGUAACGCCAGCGAUUACAUCCACACGCCGUGCCCCAACGGCUCGUACUGCCCGGAAGGCACCACGCACGGCAGGGAGUAUCUCUGCCCGCCCGGGAGUUAUGGUCCGUUGAGCGGAGCAGCCAACAUCUCCUCGUGCUUGCCAUGCCCUCGUGGUCAGUAUUGUGAAGGCAGCGGUAACUCACAGCCAACCGGUGUCUGCUCUGCAGGAUAUUACUGUACACUCGGUAGCAACACAUCCAUGCCGUUGGCCAUUGGAAACGCAUCUGAUCUAUCCACUUGUUCGUGUCCUGGCGCUGCCAUUCCAGGCGGUCGUUGCUGGCCAGGUUCAUACUGCCGCAAUGGCAGUGCAUGUCCCGAGCUCUGCACUGCCGGUUAUGCGUGUCCACUGUACGGUACCGAUGUGCCAGUCGUGCUCUGCAGUGCUGGUUACUAUUGUCUGGCUGGCUCUGUCACCACCAGUCCAGCCAGUGGUCGCUGUCCGGCUGGCUUCUACUGUUCCGUACAGAGCUCAGCGCCUACACCAUGCCCGCUGGGUACAUUCUCGCCGAGCACGGGCAAUACAAUGCUAGCCGACUGUGUCAACUGCACUGCGGGUAGGGUGUGCUCGUCUCUCAACUUGACUGCUCCCAAUGAGCUGUGCGCCGAUGGGUUCUACUGUCCGACAGGGCAGUUUAGCUCCGCACCGCCAACGUACUCCUGUCCUGCUGGAUACUUCUGUAUGAAUUCAACUGCAAGUCCAACGCCGUGCGCUCCCGGUACAUACCAACCCAGUCCUGGCCAGGCCACGUGUCUUCCUUGCCCGCAAGGUCGCUACUGUCCAGCGAACAGCUCUGGGGGCAUCUCCACACCAUCCAUGUGCCCCGCUGGGUACUAUUGUCCAACCGGUACUUCAUCAGGCAAUCAAUACCCCUGUGGACCGGGUACCUACAGCAAUGUCACCGGCUUAACGGCUGCGUUGGACUGCUCACCAUGUCCCAGAGGUGAGUACUGCCUGAAUUCCGGUACCACCAGUCCCAGCGGUCCAUGCAGCCCUGGUUACAUGUGUUUCGGCUCGGCAGCACAAGCCAAUCCCAACGACGGACUCACUGGAUCUGUGUGCCCUAGAGGAUUCUAUUGCCCGCUCGGUUCCUACGCUGGUAUCCGCUGUCCUAAGGGAUCAUACAACAACAUGACUGAGCUGUCCAGUGUGUCUCAGUGUGUGCCAUGUCCAACCGGAUAUCUGUGUCCCGUGCAAGGUCUCACCGUUCCGUCCUACUCGUGUCCCGCCGGCUUCUUCUGCAACACGUCCUCUGUCAAUCUCUCAACGCACGCUGUCGACUGUCCAGCUGGUCACUAUUGCCCCGACGGUAUCUCUGCGCCCGUUCCUUGUCCGAUCGGCACGUACCAACCUCUCGUGUCGGCACAGAAUGUUUCCUCGUGCAUACCUUGCCGUGCCUACUCGUACUGUGGUACAGUGGGCCUGAGUGCGGCGACAGGACUCUGUGCCGAUGGCUACUACUGUGUUUCUGGUGCUCACUCUGCCAGACCGUCGGACGGUGUGACCGGCGCUCCUUGCCCGGCUGGUAGCUAUUGUACCGGUGGUGUGCGGACAGUGUGCGGUGACGGCACCUUCACCAAUGCAACUGCGCAGGCGGUCUGCUCGACGUGCGUUCCGGGCUACACGUGCGUGUCCGGAGUGGCACGUCAGUGCAGUCCUGGACACUACUGCCUCAACGGCACGGGCCGUGUCCAGUCACCAUGCCCGGCUGGGACGUAUCGUGAUAGUGCCGGCGCUGCCAGUGUGCAAGACUGCCUACCCUGCAUGCCGGGACAUUACUGCCAAGUCAAUGGAUCUUCAAACACCACCGGUCUUUGUUCUUCCGGGGCAUUCUGCCUGUAUGGUUCGGACACAGCUCACCCGGACAAUAUCACUAACACUGGCCUCGCUGGGCCAUGCCCUGUGGGGCACUAUUGCCCGUCCGGUACAGCCCACCCACGUCCCUGUCCCCAGGGUACAUACACACCAGCCAGGGGAUACAGUGCGUGUUUGACAUGUCCGGCUGGCGCAUACUGUCCUAGAGGAUCCUACAACCCCAGCGUUCUAACACCUUGUCCCAGAGGUCACUACUGUCCGAAUGGCACUAUGAUUGCCUCACAGUACCCAUGCCUGGCAGGCUACUUCUACAACACUACUGGUGCCUUGAGUAUACUGGACUGUGCACUGUGCAGCCCCGGAAUGUAUUGUGGACAGGCUGGUUUGGCCGAGCCAUCCGGCUAUUGUUCCGCAGGAUUCUUCUGCACUUCUGGCGCCAGUCUUCCCUCGCCAGUCGGUGUUGGACAAGUUGUGCAUGCACUGCCUUCCCAGUCCUCAGGCCCACGAUGCUCAAUUGGCAAUCAGACAGGUGCAUGUCAGAACAUGACAGUGAACCAGCAGUGCACUGUUGGAUCCAUUACCGUGUGUGCCAAUCAAUCACGAUCGUCAGCACAGUGUGUCUGCCCUGAUUUGCAGUCUGCCACCGGCGGAAUCUGCCCAAUUGGGUACUUCUGUCCCUUGGGUUCAUCGGCCCCAGUCCCGUGUCUGGGCGGCUGGUACUGCGAGCAGAGUGGCCUUGUAAUUCCCAGUGGUCUGUGUGAUGCCGGCUAUUACUGUGAAGGCAAUGCUACCACACCGCGGCAGCACAGUUGCCCUGCUGGUUCCUACUGCCCCGUAGGGAGUGCCCUGCCCGUAGCGUGCCGCCCGGGUACGUACAGCCCGGAUUUCAACAACGAAGCGGAGUCUCACUGCCGCCUGUGCCCCUCGGGUCUGUACUGUGCGGGCACUGGCAACGCCCUGCCGAGCGGCAACUGCUCCGCUGGUUACUUCUGUAGUGCAAACUCUUCUGAAGCAGCACCCAGCAAUGCUGAAUGUCCACCUGGCCACUACUGCCCUGCCGCUGCUGGCUCACCAAUUCCAUGCGCAAGCGGUACCUAUCAGCCUCUGUCUCGCCAGUAUGCAUGUCUUCAAUGCCCACCGGGAUUCUCUUGUGUUUCAAGUGUGAACGUAUCGACAUCAGUAACACCCGGUGAUUGUCUACGAGGCUUCUACUGCCCGGCUGGAACUGGCUAUCAUCCGAUUCCAUGUCCACCUGGCACGUUUGGACCGGUAGUGCGCCAGAAGUCACCCAGUGAUUGCUUCUCUUGCCCACCUGGUGAGCACUGCGAGUCAGGGCUAGACUUACCUGGUGGAAACUGUUCCGCUGGAUACUACUGUGGUGGAGGUGCUACCACACCACGUCCGGCAUCGUUACCAUCUUUCAACGCCACAGCGAACACAACAAGCAACAGCUCUGCCACGGCGCUACCCAUCAAUGGCCCAUGCCCAAUCGGCUUCUACUGCCCGGUCGGCUCGGCAGUUCCUGUCCCUUGCCCUAAAGGUAAACAGUCCCUGAGCCAGCGCGUGGGUACAGCUGAUGAGUGCACUGAUUGUCCUCCGGGCCGUUAUUGUGAAUUUGAUGGCUCAAUGGUGAUUGAUGAAGCACCGCCGUGUGACGCUGGCUACGUGUGCACCGGUGGAUCGCCAUUAGCUCGCCCGACUGACGUUCGCCACGGCUAUGUCUGCCCUCCCGGCCACUACUGCCCCCGGGGAUCGUUUGUUGAGCUGGGCUGUGAACUGGGAACAUACAAUCCCAAUCCUGGUCGAGCACUGUGUCAACCAUGUGACCCUGGAAAGCUGUGCAGCAGAGUAAACCUCACGCUGCCCACGGACUGUCCUGCUGGCUCGUUCUGCAGGGGAAGUACAUUUGUUCCAACGCCGUGCCCGGCAGGAACGUUCAGCAACAUCACCGGCCUUCACAAUGUGUCUCAGUGUCAGCCUUGUCUACGCGGAUACGCUUGCACCCUUGAUGGCCUGACCGCGCCGAACGAGUUCUGUGCCGCCGGUUACUUCUGCUCCGGUGGUCAGGCUAUUGUCUCUCCGGCAUUGUUACCUUGUCCUGCUGGUCACUACUGCGAGUCUGGUGUCCUGCGACCUGAACCAUGUCCGCAAGGUACAUAUCGCAAUGUCACCGGUGCACGUAACGCAUCCUUCUGCUUCCCCUGUCCCGGCGGCAGCUACUGCUCCGGCGAAGGCUUGACCGCUGCGUCUGGCUUGUGCUCUGCCGGAUACUACUGCCCGCCUACCCGGGCUGUCAACACAUCAACACCAGCCGAUGGUCUGUGUCCGCGCGGAUUCUUCUGCCCCGAAGGUUCCCCGUACCCCGAAGCAUGUCCACCCGGCAUGUAUCAACCUGGUCUGGGUGAAGCGGCAUGCAUCGACUGUCCCCAGGGCUACUACUGUGCGGACAAUGUGUCAGAGCCGCUCAUUUGCCCAGCUCACCACUACUGCCCGCUGAACACGGACAACUCGCCAAAACGCUGCCCAGCGGGUACCUACACCAACGCCUCGGUUGUUGGCCUGUCCAAGAGCAGCGACUGUACCCCAUGUCCUGCUGGCAUGUUCUGCCGCAUCGGCCAGCUUGCUGGACCGUGUGCAGCCGGCUUUUUCUGCCAAAGUGGAAACCCGGUGCCAACACCACAGCAGGUGUUUGAUCCGGUCUCUUACUUUGAGUGCGGUUUGUUGCCGUUGCUAGUCAAUGAAACAUCCCUGUCGUCAGUUCUAUCAGACACGUUCCUUUGCCUGCGUGCCAACUGCUCGGACUCGUCCAACACCCCGGAUACUGUCGGAACCAACUCAACAAUGUUUGGCGGUGGAAAUACUUCAAUGUCAAAUAUGUCGAACGCCAUGUCAAUCAACUCCAGCAUGAUGAACUCAUCAAGUGUGAAUGUAACUGGUAGCAACCUGUAUUUCCCCAGCGCUGCUCGCUGUGCAGAGCUGUUGACGAGUACGGAUGAAGGUGAGAACAAUACCAACAUGAAUCCUCACCCUGUUCUGGGCGGCUGGUGCCCCGCUGGUCACUACUGCCCUACUGGUGCCGUCAACCCCGUCCCGUGCCCCGAGCACACUAUAAACCGCUAUCUCAACGCAUCCCAGAUCAGUGCCUGUGUGGCGUGUGACGAUGGCUAUGAGUGUCCGGCAGGUAGUCCAACACCGCAGCCCUGCUCUCCCGGAUACUACUGCAAGGCCGGCCAGCCACCGCAGCCCUGCCCGUUGUACACGUACACCAGCAGCGUGGGCUCGAUAUCGGCCAACGACUGUGCCAUAUGCCCGGAUGGGUUCUGGUGCAACGAGACGGGUCUAGGCGCCGUGAUGGGUCGCUUGUGUCCAGCCGGCUACUACUGCCAGGGUGGUCAGCUAACUGCUGUGUGUCCUGCUGGCACUCGCCGUGCUGUACCCGGUGCAGCUAGUGCAGCUGACUGUGAACCAUGUCCGGCUGGCUAUUAUUGCAAUGGCACCACCGAGCAGAACAGUCACAUUAGCGGAAUACCCUGCCCGCCUGGCUUCAGGUGCCAGCGUGGUUCGUACCAGCCUGAUCCGUGUCCGAUCGGCUCGUAUUGUCCGUUGCGAGCAUCGUGCUUGUCCAAUGCCGCUCUACCUAGUCCUUGCUCGGCGACGGCCAUUUGCCAGCCCGAACAAAUCGGCAUGUCCAUUCCCUGUCCUGCCGGCUUCUACUGCGUGAAGGGUGCAUCCAUUCCGGAGCUUUGUCGCUACCCGGACCAGUGCCCGGUCGGCUCAGCAUAUCCAAUACCGUGUCCUGAUGGUAGCAGAGCUUUGAGCAACUCGUUGUGCAGAACAGGCCCAGCAGCCGCAUGCCAGCAGUGCGAAGGAGGCACGUACAGCAGUGACAAUCACCUGACCUGUGAGCUAUGCCCGGCCGGUUACUUCUGUCCGGCCGGUACCAGUAACAGUACACGUCACCCAUGCCCGACUGGCCACUACUGCCCCGAGAGAUCAGCGGCAGCCAUUGCCUGUCUAGCUGGGCAGUUCAGUGCAGCCACCAUGGCCAGCAACGUGUCAACAUGUCAGCCUUGCUCCGGUAAUACAUUCAGCCCGGUCGCAGGCUCGAGUGCCUGUCGUCCGUGUGGCCGUUCCGCUACACGAGAUCCGGUUACCUCGGCGACAUGCUUAUGUACCGGAGCAAACCGUGCCUUCCACGUAUCCUCUGGAUCCUGCGAAUGUCUCGCCGGUUUUGUUUACAUAGAUCAGACCAGUGUGCAGACAACUGAAGGAGAUAGUACGGAUGACUGUCAGCCGCAGGUCGAGGAGCGGUGCGCAAAUGGGCAGCUGCGUUUAGCGAGCACUCGUAAAUGUGUUGCUGCGUCGUCACUGGACUGUGCCACGGUGUGUGGCAAUGCCAACUUCACGGUGGAUGUCAACACUGGCCGAUGCCAGUGUCUCAGCACUCCCGUCGAGCAGGUGUGCAACGCGGCGUGCCAAGCUAGCAAGCCUAUCGCCACCGUCAAGCAGGACGAUGCUGGGAACUUUGACAUAGUCGUACGCGAUCGAACUACCAAUGCAAUCAUCAACACCAUCCGGCUGACGUCCAGUAGUGGCGGCAUUGCCUUCGACACCACCGAGCACAGCUGCCAGUUUGCAGACUUCACCGGCACCAGUGUUGGUGCACUGGUCUUGCGUAAUGCUGCUGACGUGCAGAAUGCAGCCGGUACUGCCAAUGCCACCUCUACAACUGGUGGUGGUAGUCAGGGAAGAAGACGCCGGGACACGUUCAACACCGGCCGUCACUUGAUGCAGACCGUGAGCAGUGCUACUUCGCCGACCGCAUCUGUGCCUCGUGUGAACAAUGCCCUGGUGUGCAUUGAGCAGUCCGAGGCCAUGCUCUUCCGCAUCAACAGCGCCACCAGUUACCCAGUCUAUCAGAAGAAUCAUCUGCUGAACAGCAACCCAACGUUCGACGAUGGUCCCUUCCGCCGCCUGGCCACAAACCUUGCAUCCAACAUGCUGGUCAGCGCGUUUGUCCAUGUUUUCACCGAUCCGGGCACGUAUGUCUUUGCCGAUGCCAACAAUAGCUUGGCAGAGGUGGUGAUAGUUGUCAUGCCGGUCAACGUGGCAUGUCCCAGUGGCAAUGUGGUGGUAGCCACCAAUGAUGCACUCACUAACUACAAUGUCACCGCCAAGAGAGAUCUGAACGAGGCGCCGGACUGGGCCUUGAUCUACGCCGUCUUCGGAACCAUUGCCGGCAUCAUCUUCCUGUUACUGCUUGCCGUUGCUCUGUGGAGACCACAGCAUGUGGGACUGCGAUCACCGCGUGCCCUGCAGCCCCGCUACCGGCCAGUGGCCUCCACCCCCAUCGUCGUCUAUGCUAGCGAUGAGCAGGAUCCGGAGAAAGAGCUCAGCCGCUUGGGACCGCGUGGUCAGCCGGUGGGUAGCGAGAGAGUGGAUGGAGACGGAAGCGAAGCACUGCUGGAAGACUUCAGUGUGCGCACCCUCUACGACAAGAUGGAGGAUCAGAACUUGCAUGUUGCCACACAGCUGGCACGCCACAACCAAGAGCUCGUGGAUUUCUACGGAAGAAUAUCGCAGCAGAAUGAAGAUCUCAAGGCUCUAUUGAAACGCUCUGAGCGCAGUGGAGGUCGCCAACGUGUAGCAUCUGGCUCCACAUCACCACGCGACACCAUCACACAUACGCAGACAUUGGCUUUCCAGGGUACCGAUGAGCAUCGACUACAGGAGCUGACACAACUUCUACGCGAUACAUUGGCCACCGCACGCAGCUCGGCAGUAGCUUAUCCGACCAUGCCUGUUGCAGUGCCUGAUCAUACUCUUACCACUACUACUGCCACUGGUGCAGCUGCUGCCGCCUCUUCAGCUAAUCUUCCUGCAAGUGGAUCAUCUCUAGUGAACGCCUUGGACUUGCAGCAGAUGCCACUGCCCGGAGUGAAGGGUCAGAUGUGGCGCCGUGCUGCAAUAGCCUCAAUUCCGACCAAGGCAGCCAAAGACAAGUGGUCCAUGGUGGACGAGAACCAGAUUCUUCAACAACAGCGCGAACAGAGCAACCAACUCCAGGUCGACUUGCAAGAAACUGAGACCGGCGAGUUGGAGGAAGCUAUAAAGCAAAAGGUAUCAACGCAGGCAGAAUCCCACCAGGCCUCAGCUAUGGACCUAGCAUCUCGUCUGAAGGGCGUCAGUGAGAGUGAAGCUGACCGUAUCAUUCAGCUGCACCUGGCCAACAUGGAAGUAGCUGGUGCCAGCAUGUCAGCCGAGCAGAAGCGCCAGUCCGAUCGCAUGCGACACGAGCUGGCCAUGCGGCGCAUGAAGAAGCAGGAAGCUCUCCGCAAGCAACACGAACAGCAGGCCGAUCAAGCUCAAAUCACGCUCACGGAGGGCGGUGUAGUGGACGAAGAUGGCUGUGAGAGGGCUGUUGCCGUGCAAGAGUCCGUAAUCUCGUCCGUGUAUGACCAAAUGCGGCAAGAGCAAGCUACCGACUCGGCAGCAAAGAGCCAGGAGACAAGCGAGGGCACUGUUGAUGCAAUCAUCCAACAAGUGGAGAGCGAUGUGAGUCAGCUGAUAUCCGGUGGACUAAUCGACGACGAAGAAGCUGUAGUCCAGAAGCAAGCACACAUGGAAAAGCUAGCGGGAAUCCGUGAUCUCAUGAACAAACGCCGUGCUGCCCACUCUCUUGCCAUGCGCGGUCGCCUUGCAGCACGUCGCGAACGCCAAGUUGGCAAGCUAGGCGAGGAGCAGAAACGAAACAUGGAGGCGCUCAAGGCAAGACUGGACCAAGACGUCGCCGAGGGCAAGAUCACACCCGAGCAGAGAGAUGAGCGCAUUGCCGAGCAGCUGGAAGCAGACAGGAAAGCCAUGGAAGCUCUGGAGAAUCAACUCAAGGCCGAGGAAGAGGAGCUCAUUGCUAGUGUGCAGGCACAGGUUGACCAAGAGAAGAUAACGGCAGUCCGCGAGGCACACGAGGCCUUCAUGAUGGAGGUUGCCCAUGCACAGCAGAAUCCCAACUCUUCUCGGCAGACCGAGGUCAUGCUUUCAGAGUUCCAGCAACGCUGUGACCGACUUGGAGAUCGGCAGAGUGCAGAGCUGCAUCGGCACCAGUUGGACAUGCAGAGCAAACUGGAUGCACGCAAAGCCCGGGCCUUGCAGAAGAAACAAGAACAGCUGUUAUCUAAGCAACAAGACCUCAACCAGCCGCAAAUAGCUGGCACUGAGGAAACUGUAGAAGUGCAAGUGAAGGUGCCGGAAGUUGUAAUCCCGGAGGAGAGUAUUGAAGAACAGGCUCUUGCUCAACACGAGGCUCAAGCUCAACAGGCACGCAAGCAGAGACAAAGCGACGAGAAGGAAGCUCUGGAAGACAAGGUGAACACCGACAUGGCUGACGCGGAGCGCAAGCAGGUAGAAAACCUAGAAACUAACAAGAGCCAGGCACUGCGUGAAAAGGAGCAACGGCUGGCGGCGAUUUUCGAGUCGCGCCGCGGCGAACUGACGGAAGAAGAGCAAGAACACCUUCUAGCCACACACCGAGCAGAAAUGGAGGAGCUGGAGCGGCGUCUGAACGCGGAGCAAUCGCGACAGCAGCUGGCCCUGCGAGACCGGUUAGCUAGACAGAGGCAGCGGAGGCUUGCUGCCCAGCAACGCGACCAUGACAAGGAGGAUCAGUCGGCCGUCCGCGAGCAACAGCAGCGCAUCAGCGAGGAGAGGUCUAAACGAUUGCAGGCCGCCGAAAAGGAGGCCAUCAUCGUCGGCCUGCAAGAAAACAGUGCCGAGGCCGCAGACGUUGUCAUCAAGAUGGUUCUCGAGCAGCGUCAACAGCGGGAGCUAGAAGACCUAGACCGUGCGAGUGCACUGGAGCUGGAGGAGGCGCUGACCGGUGCCGUGUCCGACCUGGACAAGGAGUACAAUCACGAGCGGCAAGCGGUCGUCCUCAGGCACGACGCCGCCAUGGCCGACCUACUGGCCCGCGCCGGCGCAAUGUCCGCCGACGAUUUGGAGCGGGAGAAGAGUCAGCUGCUCGAGCGACAGCAGGCCGAGCUUGCUCAGCUCGACGCCGACUAUGCCAACCGGCUAUCGCAAGUCAAGACGAGCACGGAGCAGAAACUAAAACUUGAGCAGGCACAGGCUAGACUGCAGCUACGUAGCCGGCAUUACCAGGAGUAUGUGUCUGCACUGAAAGAACUGUUGCCGCAGCACUCGAUGCACAAGCGUACUGCAGCGCAGGCAGAGGCGGAAGCCAAGCGGCUUGACCAGCUCUGCUCUGAGCUGGAACAACAGCAGAAGGAUCUAGAUACACUGCAGCAGCGUGAACGACAAGAUUUCGAAGCGUCACAGCAAGCGAAGGUGAACGAAGAACUGGAAAAGUUCGAAAGCCAACUUGCGGAAGAAGCCAACCGUGCUGAAGAGGCACAUAAACGUCGCAUUGCUGAACUUCAACGCCGCAAGGAAGAAAUUGGCAAAGAGCAGCGGCGACAGCAGCAAGUGGAGAUCAAGAAUAAAAUGCGAGCCGGAGCCUCGGCUGAAGAAAUUGAAGACCUAACAAGACGUGGUGAGGAAGAACGACAGCGACUUGAAGGCAAACUAGAGGCAGAUAGGUUACGAAUGGAAGCCCAGCUGAGGGAGAAGCGCAACAAGAAACUGGGCGAGAAACGGAGGGCUAAGCAAGCAGAGCUUCAAAAGGAACUUGAAGUUGGCCGCCAGAAGUGUGUGGAGGAGGCAAAGAAACAGCAAGAAGAGGCUGUUGCAUCCAUGACAAAGAAGAUUGAGGAAUCCGAGCAAGAUGCUGAACGGGCUGGUCCCAAGUUGUUGUCAACGAUCAUUGAAGAAGUUCCUGUAUAUUCAGCCCCUCAAGAAGCACAGUUUGUUCCCCAGUCCACUGGCCUUCUGGCCGUGCCAGUUGCCCUGAACGACGAGCAGCUGCUUAGCUUACUGAUGGCGUCUUCUCUCUACAAGAAGCUGCUGCGCAUCAAGGAGCUUGUGCAGAGUGGUGCCUCUGGAAAGCAGUCUGCCUCUGCACUGGCACCAGGCAGUGGAUUCAUGGACCCACUGGAGAGCAGGUGGAGUACUGAAGAUGAACAUGAACCAGUCCCAGAGGAUCAGGUAUCACCUCACCUGUUUGUCCUGUACAAGUUUGGCCAGUUCAUUGCCGACUCUCUUGCCGUACACUGCAACGUACCGCCUGUCACGCUGCUCCUGGCCAAGCGCCUGCGCUCCAACAAGUCCUUCCAGGGCAACGCCUAUCGCAAUUCGUUCAGCUACGACGAGCACAACCAGCAUCUGUUCAUGCGCAUGGAGCGACUGGAGCACGCCGGGCAGUUUGUCACCAUCCUCGUGCACACACUGGCACACAUCAAGGCCAAGGAUAUGGUGAACGACGCCAACCCAAGCUUCUUGCAGGAGUUUUACGGCUGCUUGUCGUUCGUCUGUGAGGACCUGUUCUUUGCUCGCUUCAAGCAGAGCAAUUCGUUUGACGCUGCCGUGUCGAAUGGUGUGCCUCGUUCCGAGGCUGCCCGCACAGUGCUGGAGAGCAUCUUCACGUCGGCCAACAACCAUGCCGAGCGAAGCAGCGGAGUUGCCGAGCUUCUGGAUGUGAAGAUUGCAGCGCAUGUGGCCGGUGACGGUGGGCCGUUCCAGAACACUAGCUCCACGCUGACUGAGCGUAUUGACCAAUACAGCAGUGUGCAAGCGGAGAACGACGUCCAGAAACUCAUGAAGGACAUUGAGGAGGAGAGUGCCAUGACUGAGGACAUGGAGCAGGAAGGAACUGGCCAGCGACCAACCAACUACUUAGACGAUCGGUUGGAUGCGCUCCUGACGGCAGCUGCACCCUCCGGUGACAAGCAACCGCGGGGCAUGACCCGCAAUAACACACCUCGCCUGCUUGCGGUGAAGCAGAAGCUUGGAGCUCGACGCAUGCCGUCUCUUGUCUCGCAGCUGACUCACCAGUCAUCGGGACUUGUCCUGUAUGGUUCUACGAACCAGGCUGAUUCCAGUGACAUGAUGAGAACAUGCCUACAGAUGCAGGUGAAUGAGCUGCAGAACUUGGCCGACCGCGUCCACGAGGAAUAUGCUGAUCUGGCACGAAGAUGCUUGGACAUCAAACAGAAAGUAGCGGAGUUGGAUGAGCAACUGGUGUCCCACAAUGAAAAGUUACAAUCACUGACUGAGGAUACGGCCGAGCAUCGCGAUGCCAUGGCGGCCACGCGCCAAGUCACCAGCAAACUGACGACGGCGCGCGCUCAGCUGGCCACCACCAAGCUGAAGCAGAACGCGGCUGGCCAGCGUCUGGAGGCCUUCCGCCGCGAGCUGCAGGAGAAGCAACACACGCUGCAGCAGCUCGGCGAUGGUGCUGCCACUGGUGCUCGGAGAAGAUCCGUGUCUCAUGCCAUGCCUCUAGCCAGCGCAAGUACAGUGCUACCUACGAUGCCGGAAGAGUAGAAAUACUGACGUUCUGAUCCAUGGCUGCUGCUGGCUUGGCUUGGCUGACUACAUGAAAGAGCACUAAUAUCAAUGCCCCCAAUCAAUUACUUGAGCAAUAGCAAUGAGUGACAACUACCAAUAACUAUCUACCAGACAAACUGUUUAGGGACAACACUGCAGUUGCUGAGCAAAUCAAGGCGACUGCCAGUAUUCCAGUGGAUCACGGCUCUUGACUACUACUGUACAUGAACACUUCAGGCACUUUUGCCACUGGUGCAUUGCGACGACAACACAUUCCUUCAGAAUGUGGCUAGUAUGAUGUGUACAUGUCUUAACUUGAUUUCCUUUCAAAUGCUCUAUACAUGUAUGUGACGGUACUCUUUGCUGUCAUUCUGUGUCUAUUUUUUUCAGCAGUCCUAACUUUUGGCAACUUCAAAGUGCAUAUUGAUCAUUAAUAAAACUUAUUUUCUUCCAUAACCGUCAUACCAGGUUGUGAAUGAUAUCAUAGCAUACGGUUCUUAUCAUGAACAGCACUCUAAUGGAUAUCAUUGCCGAUAAGCAGGGUUUGCAUAGUAUAAAUUAUUAGUAUUCCAAUUUCUAAACUAUAAUUUUGUGUACGCUUCCCACAAAACAAAUGUUCCUACGCAUCAGCCGACUUCAUUUGCAAAUAUUCUUAGCAGAGUUGUGCACGAUCCGACCCCACAAAAUUCUAUUUAUGGCAUUCUAUUUUAUCCUCGCCAGAGUCACCACUGCUGCUUGUGCCAUGCACUUCAACUAACUAUUUUACUGCAUUCACCUCUCUAUGACAUUGUUUGCUAUAAGCUCGCCGACACCAAAGCAGUUGUAUAGAGCAAAUACUUCUAACAGAAUAUCUCAAUGCCGAAAAACUGCAUGGAGAAGUUAUAAGUUAUGAGCUUGCUUGUAAGACGUGGACUAGGCCAAUUC